CUACCUUACAUUUUGACGACGUUAGUUUGUCUAUUUUGUAGAGAACCGCCGCCCUGUAUAUUCUGUGGUCGGAACUUUCCACGAAUACUGCCAUUACUGUGCCCUGCCAUUACUGCGCCCUGCCAUUGAGAACCUGAACCUCCCGUUACAAUUUUAUGUGACCCAGCCUGGACCAGACUUGAGAAUUUGUAUUCGAUCUACACGGCCACAAGUCUCCCAUGAACCUCCCGGAAAGAUGGUAAUUAUCUCAUCCCUAAGGAUGUAACGCGUCUCACGUUUAUAAUAGGCUCCCAAAUCCGCCCCUCCUGCAGCAAAGCAAGCUCUCAUACUGGACUGGUUCCACAAAUCACUCAGCGCCCACUCCUUCAAGGACCUCGAAAAAGCACUUCCGGCUGUUGCCUCGAUCAGUGGGAUGGUAGUCAAGGACUACCUCCAAGCCCUCAGCGACGAAGGAUUGAUCAAAGUUGAGAAAAUAGGAAGCGGAAAUUGGUACUGGGCGUUCGUCUCUGACGCGAAGCAAAGCAAGGAGAAAGUCCUCCACGACCUCCAAACAGAAGAGACCAAGCUGAAGACAUUGAUUGCCGACAUUAAGAGGCACAUUACUGAGGAAACUGCUCAAAGAGAUGAAGAUGAUGAAAUGUUGGAGGACAACGGCAUGGAUAGGCAGGCACUGUUGGAAGCUCAUGAGCGACUCCUGAAAGAAACGACGUCACUGGACAAGGAAUUGGCCGGAUACAGCGGAAGCGACCCUACGGAAGUGCUUCGCAAAGAAAAGGAGAUCCAGAGUUUGAAAGAUGAUGCAGAGCAGUUCACGGACAACCUCGAAUGUAUCCGAAGCUACCUCCUGGACCUCACCAAUGACAGAGAGCAGGUGGCUCUGGUGAUGCAAUCGACGUGUGGAGAUGAAUAUAUCCCUGGUGAAGGGCUCAAAGAACUUUGAACAGGGACGGAGGAAAGGGGGAGGACUGUGACGAUCUGAAAACGUGACGGAACAAACCGCACUACAUGUGAUAGCUGUUGUGCUAAUAUUAAGAUCUUGUGCAAGCUUCCUUGAAUGCAACGAUCAGCAGUUC